GCCAAAGAUCUUAAGCUUCAUGUGCUGCCAAAAAUUGAAUUUGUCUGCUAAUGGGAUGUAGUGUUUUGUUAAUGUCGUUGUUGGCAUUAGAAUCUCAUGUAAUAGGCAUUAUUGUUUUGUCUUCCACCGUAUUUAGGCUGUGUCAUUUUUAUAACAAACUUAUUAGCUUUAGGUUCUUUUUAAUUAAAGCUGUGCGGCAAGUUUACGCCACAGUACCGCACUGCUGUUGAUUAUAAAAUGUGUAUAUAAUUUUAAGAAAGACUAGUACUCGUCAAAUUCGCAGUAUGAGAGCGAUUGCUGUAUCUGUGUGGAUAUUUAUAAAUUUAGUUUUUAUAGGAAUGUGUGGCUAUAUUUAUUUAUUGUGGUCACAAUACUGGCAAUAUGUGGAAAGACAGCAUAAUCAGUUAGCUGGUAUUAUUAACAAUAAUCACAACAUUUAUAGCAGUAAUGGUCAGAUCUAUUUUUAUUAUCACGGUUCGUCAGAAACUAUUUCAAUGGGAGUCAGCUCUAACAGAGAGAAUCAAACUGUCAAAAAUUAUGUAACAAAUAAGAGUUCUCCAAGACACCACUUAAGAAGCAGAUCAAAUAAAACGUCGACUACAGUCAUUAAAAAAUACAGUCAACCUCGGUUUCCUAAACUCCGAGGUAUGGACACAGACGUAGAGAGCCAAGGACCGAGGUGCAGCGGUGACUCUUCAGAAUGCCUUGCUUCAUCAGACUUACCGUUGGUAAAUGACAAACUCUCAGCAAGGGUUGCCACAUAUAAAAGUCAACUCGUAGUUCAACUGCGUCGAGUUUUGUUGGAAGAGAGUAGCGUUUUUAAAGCUCGUGGAGAUGGUAAUAACCCUUACAAUGUUCAAUAUGCUGGCCCAAGAGGGUCAUACCAAGGCAAAAGUGUUCACGAAUUAGUUUGUGAGCUGCAGAACAAGGUAAAAAUCCGAACUCUUUCAGAGAAUGAUGAACCCUUUUCAACACUUGGUCUUAGUAAGCAGUUUCCAGAUGAACCUCUUUUAGGAAAACCAGGCAAGCAUUUCAACACAUGUGCAAUUGUUACUAAUGCUGGCUCUUUAGAUGGAUCAGGACUUGGUAACUUUAUAGAUACACAUGAUGUUGUUCUGAGGUUCAACCAUGCACCAACUGAAGGUUAUGAAUCUGAUGUUGGAUCAAAGACAACUCUGCGCAUUCUUAAUUCACAGGUUGUAUCAAAACCUGAAUUCAAUUUCCUUACAUCAGCACUUUAUCAAGGUAUCUCUCUUCUUGCUUGGGAUCCAAGUAAUUACUCAUCAACUCUUGAAGAGUGGUAUGAAAAUCCUGAUUUUGAUGUUUUCACCCCAUACUUCAAACAUCGAGAAAAGUUUCCAGAUGCAGUGUUUCACUUGCUGGAUCCACGCUCGCAGUGGCUUCUAUGGGAAUACAUACAGAGCCACAUUCCUGUACGUAUAAGAAAAAAUCCGCCAUCUUCAGGAUUCUUAGGACUUGCACUAUUGCUUCCACAUUGUGCAUAUGUUGAUCUGUUUGAAUAUGUGCCCUCUGUCCGACUGACAAAACGAUGUCAUUACUGGGAUGUAGCUGAAGACCUUUCAUGUACAUUUGGUGUUUGGCAUCCUCUGGCAGCAGAGAAGCUUUUAGCAUUGGCUCUCAACACAGCAAAUGACGUGGCUGUUUUCUAUGGUGGUUAUGUAAGAGUCCCUGGAUACAAAACAUUGGGAUGUUGAUCUUGUUUAUUUAUGUUUUCUUAAUAACUUCUUCUUCUUCUUCUUCUUCUAACAACUAUUGUUAUUCACAAGAAAGAAAUAUUUAUAUAUAUUACAAUAUUUGAUAAUUUUCAAAUUUUAUUUUCAUGAAAUAGUUUUAUAAUGAUAUCUAGUUUGUCUUAUGUACUGUAUUGACACUAACAGACUCCUCAAAAUAAAUUCAUGUUUUGAUAACACACAGCCCCACUCAUUUUAAAGCAAAUGCCUCAAAACAGAAACAUCUAGUUUGUGAUCUUGGACAAAUCAAACUAAAGUGAAGUGUACAAAUACAAAUUUAGUACCACUGUAGUGUUGCAGUCAGGUCACUUUAUUCAAUGAAUUUACUCUAUUUCCAAGGUGGCACAGCUUUUCUCAGUAAUGAUUUGGGAAAAUGCAAAAUGAAAUCAGAGACAAAUCUUUAGUGCAGGUGAUAUCAUUAAUUAUAUCUAGAUAAAACUAAAACAUUGCAAAUUAAAUAUAAGAAAAAAAGUCAUUGUGUAACCUCUGGUGUGAGGUUUACCAAAUGGUGUAUAUGAGUAUGAGUGUUCUUUUAAAUUUUUUGAACAUUUACAGAAUUGCUAUUACAAAAGAUGAGCUAUUGUCUUGUUGGUAACUUACAAUUUGAUAGUAAGUAGCAUUUGUGGUUAUGAACCGUCACUGUCUUUUCUGUGAUGCACCAAACAAAAUUUGUGUAGUUCAGUACUUUGUUAACACAUAAUUAUGGUCAAUAGCAGGAAGGGGAAAUAUGUUUCAUAACUUAUGACAGAAGUAGUUUUCAGCCUGACUUACAGUAACAGACACCAUAGUUUCUAUCAAUUUCAUGUAAUGUAAAUAUCAAGUCUCAUUAUCUACAGGAGUAGUUGUUAUUUUUUAUUUGGAGUAGGGAUUUUGUUACAGAUGUGUACAGGAUUUUAACGAUGGAAUGGUUGUUUAUUCAUCAUUAUUGUAACUGAGUAUGCUAUGUUAUGUUCAACUCUUAAAAAUUCCAACGGGGGUUACUUUAUGCCCACCUUUUUUAAAUAUUGUAAUCUAGGCAUGUACUUUAUAUUUUAAAAUUCUGGAGGAAAUAUUUAUUAUUUUCACUGAAUGCUUCUACCAAAUUCUUUAGUUGUAUUAAUUUUUUGAGGUUAACUUAAUCCAAAAAUUGAAGUGUAAUUGAUGCAACAUUUUACAGUGGAUGCCAUAUUCAAUAUUUUCAGGUCUGGACCAUACUUAGACAUCAGAAUCUCUUUAAAAAGUAUGUUGUUAAUAAAAGUCAACAACGAUUAACAAAAUUUGCAUUUUUUUGUGGUGGCCAUAAAGUACCCUCCUCCUAUUUGUAGAAUACAUUAUAAAAAAAAGGGUGUUGUUAUUGCUAGAGUUAAUUGCAUCAAAAGUAAAAUUUCCUCAAGAAAACUAUAAAAUUAUGAGACCUGGCCUUAGGAAGCAAAAUAUUUAGUAAUACCAACAAAUACAUUUAACAGUAAACUCUGUCCUAGCUUUCAGAACAAUUAGUUCCUUCCUGAAGGAGAAGAGAGGGGAGAAGAGAGGGGUAUGCCAGGGAGGGUUAAAAAGGAAGGGAGGUCACUCAGUAGAGCAUUGCAAGCAUAUGCCCACCUGUGUGCUGUUUUCUUGGCAGCUGAGUGUGAGAGAAGACGAAUAAAUUUAGCACAGCUUAGCGGAAGUUUUCAAAGAUAUUUCACUGACUUGCCUAAUGACACAUCUGCUUGCAUAGCCAAACGCAAAUCAUAUGAUGCACAAAGGCUGUGAAGUUCCAGUGUGUACAGGCUCAGUGCUCUCCCAUAGGCCUUGCAGUGCAUUUUAACGUAGCUAAUCAUCACAUUUCCUUAGCUAUUUGGAAAAUUUGACAUGUCCAUUGGGUCACACUCACCAAGUGCUUGCCCACUUGGAAGCAAGCAAAACAGAAGCUGCAUGGAUAGUUAUUGACGGGGAAUAACUGCUGCUCACUUGGCUCACUACUUGGUUACAGUACUCAAUUGCUCAAACACAGCUGUUGAUAGGACUGUCUCAUCCUGAAGUCUGAGUGACCUACCCUUCAUCUUUAACCUGGCCCAAUUGCCCAAUCGAUCCAUCUCUCCUCUCUAAGGAAAUAAGUAAUAAUUCCCAAAACUAAAAUAGUUGCAUAUAUUUUUGUAUGUGCCUAUCAGUAGUACUAAAUCUGCCAUCUUCAGUCACACAUAAUCCUAAUAGCAUUUGCAACAUUUGUGGUCUAUCAAGCUGGGAAAUUACAUGAAAAUGGACUACAAAAAUCUCCUGGUCUACAGUGCAUCUGCAUCAUGUGGGGUUUUCAAUAUUCUCUCACUCUCUUUGAGCAGACUAUUAGCCCUAGAGAAAAAAUGCAUGGGUCCUUUUUUGUAGGAAAUUGAAUGUACUUCAAUUUUGUAUUGGGAUAAGUUUUCACUAUAGGACACAGUUUUGGAGUUAUUCAAGAAAAACAUACGAAAGUGAUUUUCAGGUGCACCCCUUUCCCCCCUCCCGCACCAAUCAGGAUUUUUAGUAUGUUGUUCAUGGCAUUCCUCCUAACAUUGUACAAAAAUUUGUGACUACAUAAGUUACUUCCCAUAUUCAUCUAUUUUUUUUUUUCGAUCUUGUUUAAAUAGGCUCUUAUGCCACUGGCUUAGUUGACUAUUAUUAAUUUAAACUUUCUAUUGAGGGUAAUGAAAGAAAAAAGUGUUACUUAGACAUUUUGCAAAAACUAAUUACAUUUAAAAUUUGAUAUAAACAACUGUAGCAGCUACAUACUAAGAAGACCACACAAACAACACAAUUUAACUGUCAAUUUUGUCCUGUUAAAAUCAGGUAAUUGUGAGGUAAAACAUACACAAACAUAAAUUAUACAAUUUGUGAGUGCACGACUAAGCCAAUGGUAUAGUAGCCCAGUCAGUGAAGACCAGAAUAAUUGGUCAGAUUAGAAUAGGACUCAUGCUCUAAGGAUUCUGCACAGACUUAACAGUUUGUAUAGAUUGUUCAUUUAUUACAGAAAUUAUUUAUGCCUUUUAUCGACAUUGAUAAUUGCAAAAUGUUGGUCCUGUGAUUUCCAAGGCUCUUGAGAAUGUUUUAAUUUUCAAUUUGAAGUCAGAAAACAAAUGACAAAAGAAAUACAUUUUUCAUGCAAUACAAUUACAAGUAAACAAUUUUCUGUUUUUUUUUUUUUUUCAUUACUUGUAUAUGAAACAUUGCUUCUUGCCAAAUUUCAUGAUUCUAGACCAAUGGGGAUCACCCUGUAGGUUUUGAUGAAUGAGUUUGUGAGUAUCAAAGUAUAUGACAUAAAUAACUGUAUCUUCUGUCUGCAUUGAUUUAGAAGCUUACUUUCAUUACACAUCUAUGGGACCAUAGACUUCGAUAUUUGACAUAAAUUUCAAUUUAAUACAUGUACCCAAUCCUGAGGAAAGGGUUUCUAACAACUGGACAGACAGGCAGGGAGAUGGACAAGAAAGGGUUCCAUUUUUACUAAUUUAUGAACGGAACCCCAAAAAGGUUGUCAAUGGAAAUAAUUUGCAUACCUUCAAAUUUUUGUAGUGACAGGAGGGAGGACAACACACGAAAAAUCCUGACUGGAGUCAGGUGGGUGCAGGGUGGGACACUUUUAAAGGUCACUUUCAUAUGCUUUUCUUGAAUAACUUUAAAAUCAUGAUCUGUAACAAUCCCAACACAAAACUAAACUACAUUAAAUUUCAUACAAAACAGUUUCUAUUCAUUUUUUCUCUAGCAAUAAUAGAUUGCAUGAAGAGAAUGAGAGAAUACUGAAAAUCUCAUGGUGUACAUGCAUUGUAGCUUAGGUGGUUUUUGCAGGCCAAUUUGAGGCAGUUUCCAGGCUUGAUAGACUACAAGUUUGCUGCUUUAAAAUUAUUCAUCUCUUCUCUCUUUACACCAAUAUGGUAUAUUGUAAACAGUUAUCAUUUAUGCUCUGUAGAUUGGAAAAUAUUCAAUACAGAAACAGUUUGAUACCGAAUACAUAUAGCACAAACUUUCACCUUCAUAAUAAAUACACAUAGGAACUGGAAAAUUUUAAUUGUCAUUUCUUGAUCACCUACGCAUACACAUUGUUUUAGUGCUUCUGGAACCAUUUAAUUUUAUUUGAGGAAACAGCAUCCUGCAUUGUCUCUUGGUGAUGUGUCAUUUUCUUUGUAUUUAAAUAAAUAUAUUCAGCUGCCUGGAAUUAAAGAAUUUAGAUACUAAUUUUGUUUAGUGGAAGUCCAUAAGCAAUUGACAUAUGCUCAUUUACAUACUGGUAUACACUCUGUCACUCUGAUUCUAUAAUAUACUGUGUUAUAACUGUAACUAUCAUGACUUCACAAACAAAUAAUUUCAUACCUGAAGACUUCUGUGUUCUGUUUUUCUCUGAAUGAUUAGUAACUAUUUUCUAUGGUUGUCAAUGUGUUAUUAAAGUUGGCUAGUUAACAUGGUCUUCAUAGUCUUUAACUGUACUAUUCAAAUGUGGCAAACACACACACACACACACACACACUCUCUCUCUCUCUCUCUCUCUCUCUCUCUCUCUCUCUCUCUCUCUCUCUCUCUCUCUCUCUGUGUUUUCUCAUUGCUUCAAAACUGGCAGUUAUCCAUAUUAUUUUAUUUUUUGAAAAUGAAGUACUGUAACUGAACACAGCCUUUGUCAUACACUAGGAAUAUUAUUGUUAUCACUUCAAGAAAAAUAGUUUAUAAUAAGAGUUUUGUCACUAACAGUUAUCAAGGUAUUAUGUUUGCACCAUUUCCACUUUACAAAAAUUGCUGUAGAAGCCACUGAAAAUAAAGGCUGAUUUUAAUAUCCUCACAAUGAAUAUUGUGGCACAAUUAAUAAGUUGUUCACUUGGCCAGCUGUUGGAAAUGAAAGUUUUAUACAAGAAAGACAUCUAUGUUACUUUCAACAAAAGCUGUCUGAGUAAUUUGAAGAUUUACCUCACCGACAUACAGUUUUUUGUAAGCGCAACACGAUAAUGCACCUGCUCAUUGUUGUUGUAUUGGGAGUGAUAUCACACAUUGCUAUGGCUAUUUUGAUGGUAUUCUUUCCUUGUCACCAUGGCAGAUGAUAUGCAAUGAAAAUUCUUUGUAAGUGCUUGGUUGGAUAGAGGUUUGUGAUACUAAUGUAAAUUUGGAUGGUGAACUGAUCAGUAACAUGAUGUAUGUAGUUACACAUUGUGGGUCUACCUGGAUGUACUUGAAAUGGUAUAACAUCAUGUUCAGGUAUACACUUCAGAGGUAUUCUAAAAUGAAUGUUGGAACUUUUGGUAAACAAUUUUUUUCAUGUUCUUUUUAUUUUUUGGUGACCUGCAUACAUUAUAAGCACAUAAUAUCAGUAAUUGUUCCUCACAUUACUCAUGUUUUUGAUUAGAAUAAUCAUCACUUUUACAAUCUUAGAAGUGAUGGAUGUGUCCUUAAUGAUCUGGCUUAUUUUUGAACAACAAAGUAUGUGCUGCAAUGGAAUAAAUAUUUAUUUAAUAAUGAUUAUGAAAAGGAUGCUUGCAAAACUGCAGUGCUAAAUUUGUUUUUGAGAUCAAGUUUAUUAACCAACAAUGUAUUGAAUAAAUAUGUAUGUUUUUCUAGAUAACUACAUGUCUUGUGCACAUGUGCUUACUUAUAAGAUCAGGGCAUACACAAAAGGGAUCUUCAAAUACAGACUGAUACUAUGUAAUUAAUUAAUGACUAGCUCUUUUGAAAAUAUGAUUUUGAUAUUAUGAAACAUUGUUUUCAAACAAUUUUGACUGUGAGAGAGAAAAUUUACAAGAUAAAUUCAGUGAUAAUUUUUAAUUCUUAUUUACAACUUUCUCGAGUAAUGUAUUUAAUUUCAGAGAAUAUACAUUAACGUUUGUUACA